CUUCUCCUCAAAGUAAUGUCUGAUCCAGCUUGUAUCCUCAACAAUGGAUAUGUCGACUACUAUGACUAUAGAUUCAACUAUUCCACUUCUCUCUCACACAUCUACGACUCUCAUGGCAGCUUCUAUUACCCUCAUAAUACCACAAACCCAAUCAUCAACACGGAAAAACCUAAUUCUACUUUACCCGACUCUCCUCCACUCAGAGAAGCUCUUCCUCUCCUUAGCUUAAGCCCCAUUCAUAAGAAUCAAGAACCUAUUGUUCAUCCUCAUGAGUUCUAUUUCAUGGAGACGACCGAAACUUCUUCUAACUCAAACUGUCUUGACCAUGAUCUUGAUCAAAGUCAUCAUCAUGAUGUAACCGUGGAUCUUCAUCUAGGGUUAGCAAACCUCAGCGGCGACGCUAUUGCCUACGGUGGUGGUGGGAGCAGCAGCAGCGAUGUCAUCCUUGAUUCUACCGACCAAGAGCAUCAUCAUGAUCAUCAUCAGGAUCGUCAUCAAGAUCAAGGAGCAGAAGUUACACUUGCUUCUGAUCAUGAUGAUGGUUAUGGUGGUGUACAAAGGGGUAAUCAUCAUCAUCACUAUUGGAUCCCUACUCCUUCUCAGAUUCUGAUGGGUCCUACACAGUUCUCUUGUCCUCUAUGCUUCAAGACCUUCAACAGAUACAACAACAUGCAGAUGCACAUGUGGGGACAUGGAUCACAAUACAGAAAAGGACCGGAGUCACUUAGAGGGACACAACCAACUGCAAUGCUCAGGCUGCCUUGCUACUGCUGCGCACCAGGCUGCAAGAACAACAUAGACCACCCGAGGGCAAGGCCGCUUAAAGAUUUCCGUACGCUUCAGACACAUUACAAGCGGAAACACGGUGCGAGGCCAUUUGCUUGUCGUAGAUGUGGAAAGGCUUUUGCAGUCAAAGGAGACUGGAGGACGCACGAGAAGAACUGUGGGAAGCUUUGGUAUUGCUCAUGUGGCUCGGAUUUCAAGCACAAGAGGUCGCUUAAGGACCACGUCAAGGCCUUUGGGGAUGGCCAUUUUCCUUGUUUUGGCAUUGAUUGCUCCGGCGAUCAUGAGGACGAGGAUGCUGCUUCUGAUGUCGAACAGCAAGAAUGA